CUAUUUGGAGAAUUUUCGGCAGAAAUGGGCGCAUUUCAUUGGACGAUUUCAAAUUUUUAUUUCCAAAAAAAAUAAAAAAAAGUUAGGAUACUGUAUACGUCAAAUCGCUUCCGUUAUUUUUCUUCCUGCAACUUUUUUUUUCUCGUAUACACCAUUCAUUUGAACGCAAUGAGUACUCAAAAGAAAGCUAUUGUCUUUUUAGCCGACGGGGCUGAAGAAAUGGAAUUUACUAUUUCAGUGGACGUUCUUCGUCGCGCCAAAAUAAACGUCACUGUUGUUGGUGUCAGUCUGAAGAACGACUACGCUACCUGCAGCAGAGGCGUAAAGAUUAUUCCUGAUGUUAAACUUGAACGAAAUACUUUUAAAGCAGAAGAUUAUGAUGCCCUCAUCGUUCCUGGAGGUGCAGGUGGCGCAAAGACAUUAGCUGAACAUGAGACGAUUCAAAAAUUAGUGAUGGAAUUUUAUGAAAAGAAGAAGAUUAUUGCAUUUGUUUGUGCCGGCACUCUUGUCGCCAAAGCUGCAGGUGUUCCUCAUAAGCAUAAAGUAACUUCGUAUCCCGCAGGCGUUAGAGAACAAUUGGUUAACGUGUACAACUAUUCAGAGGACCGUGUCGUAGUUGACGAGAAUGUCAUCACUAGUCGUGGGCCUGGCACCACAUUCUUAUUUGCAUUAACAAUAGUUGAGAAUUUGAUUGACGUUGAGACUUCGAAUACACUUAGGAAAGAAAUGCUUACUCAUGAAAACUUGUAAUUUACCGAACAGACUGGUUUUCUAGCAGUUACGCGCAUUAAUCGUGCUGCUUUUAUUUACUUCGAUUUAUGACAAUUGCAUUCAUGGCUAACGACUUUUUACAUUCCAGAGAGUGCCUGCCCAGUUCGACAUAAUAAAAGCCUGGAAUUAUAUCAUCAAUAAUCAUGAUUCUGUUAUUUUUUAUUUUUUUUGUAUUUAAUUCACGUACUUUAUUAAAAGUGACUAACAACGGACAAUAAAUUAUAUUUUGAUAAGUGGCAAUAAAA